AUGAUUUCGGAUAAUUCAUCUGUAGAUUCUGCAGAAGCAGAUCAAAAGUUUCAAAAGACAGUUGCUGAGUUUAAAAAUGGUAGAUUCAUAAAUCCUUAUCAUGAUGGUAAUUUACAUUUCUUAGAUUUGGUCAAAUGGAAUAUUAAUAGAACACCAGUUGCACCUCUAACUCCCUAUGAGUGUGAGAAUAUACAUCCAGUUUUGAAUGUAGAUUUCGAUUUGAUUGGACAACCAGUCGAGGAUAACACCAUUAGAAUGACAUGGAUCGGACACUCUACAUUUUUCGUACAGUUUGCAGGUGUCAAUUUCCUCACGGAUCCAGUUUGGUGCGAACGUAGCUCACCGUUGAGUUUCGCUGGUCCAAAGCGUGUCAGACCAACACCAUGUAAGAUAUCAGAUUUGCCACCCAUCGACUUUGUCAUUCUCAGUCACAAUCACUAUGACCAUCUCGACAUUGACGCUGCCAAGGAGAUCGGUAACAAAGCACAGUGGUUCGUGCCAAAAGGCAUGAAAGAAUGGUUCGCCAGCAUCGGUGUGACCAACUGCGAGGAGUUGGCGUGGUGGGAGGAAAUCGACUUUAACAGUCGUCUUCAGUUGGUUUCGGUGCCUUGCAAUCAUCACAGUCAGCGUCAUCUCUUUGAUAGAAACAAGAGUCUAUGGUGUUCGUGGAUCGUCGUCGACAGACAGACUCAAAAGAAGUACUAUCAUUCUGGUGACACUGCAUAUUGCUCGGCAUUUAAAGAGGUGGGACACUUUAUGGGACCAAUCGAUUUGAGUUGUAUCGCAAUCGGUGCAUACGAACCAAGAUUCUUUAUUUCAAACUUCCACAUCAAUCCAGAAGAAGCUGUAAUGCUUCACCAAGAGAUUCGCUCGAAAAAGAGUGUUGGAAUGCAUUGGGGUACAUUCAUUCUAACGGACGAACCAAUCUUGGAGCCACCCGAAGAAAUGAAGAAACAUGCCAAACAAGCUGGUUUAGCUGAAGAUGAAUUCACCGUUAUGAAAAUUGGUGAAACAAAACUUUAUCAACUAUAA